UAGCCGAUUCGCCACGGGUGUAUACAAGAAACAACGGUGUGUCCCACCAUCAAUCACCGAAAGUAAAAAACAAACAACCCAAUGACAACUGUAGGAGCGAUGGAGCAGUGCCUGGUCCUGGUGUGCCUGCUCCUGGCAACGGUGAGCGCGAGUCCACCCCAGUGCUGCCCACAAGGGCAAAGUUACGUCGACGACUCGAAAAACUGCACGGACGGGAGGGGCAUCCUACUGAACUGCGCCGGGGGCUUCUACAUGCACGGGCUCCAGCCUGAGGUCGGCGAGGAGCCGUACACCUUCACGCUCGACGCCAACAACGCCACGUGGGUCCAGUUCAACGGGUCCACGGGCUUCAAAAUCCCACCCGACGAGUACUGCCUGGCGUCGAGAACCACGGGCGGCCGGGAGGUGAUGCUGAUCUGCUUCGUCGAGGAAACAAAGGACCCGAGGAUUCUGAUUUUCGGGACGCUGAGCUUGGUGUCGAGCGUCUUCCUCGCCGUGACCCUCUUCGUGUACCUCGCGCUCCCGGAGCUCAGGGAGGUCCAGGACAGGGCGAUGACGUGUAUGACCGCCAGCUUCAUGGUUGCCUUCUUCUUCACCGGGAUCCAGCAGCUCAACGAGUCGACCCUCAAGGAGGAGUUCACCUGCGUCUUUGUCGCUUUCGUCAUGUACUACGCCUACAUGAGCGCCUUUUGCUGGCUGAACGUCAUUUCGCUCAACAUAUGGAGAUGUGUGUGGUGA